AUCGUGUAAUGUACCGCUGUAAUGCGGGGAUUUGAAGAAGUUAGUGGAUUUCCAAGAACCAUUGGGGCCAUUGAUGGCACCCACAUCCGUAUUGAUGCCCCAAAGGAGAAUCCCGCUGAUUACGUAAAUCGCAAAGGAUUUCAUUCGAUUCAGUUACAGUUGAUUUGUGACCAUAGAACCUUAAUAACACAUUGCUACACUGGUUAUCCUGGUAGUGUCCAUGAUCAAAGAGUUUUUCGACACUCAGAAGUACCAGACUUUUUAAAUGACGAACAGAAGUUUCCUAUGGACAGCCAUAUUUUGGGUGAUGCUGCAUAUGAACUGCAUCACCACCUGCUUACCCCCUUUCGAGACAAUGGCCACCUGAAUGAAAGACAAAAAAAUUACAAUUAUCGACAUUCAGCAGCAAGAGUAGCAGUAGAGAGGUGCAUUGCUUUAUUAAAAGGACGCAUGAGAAGCUUAUUACAUUGCUUACCAAUGUCGAGAGUCGACUUGAUGGCAAAAUAUAUUGUAGCAUGUUGUGUAAUUCACAAUAUUUGCACAUUGCGAGGAGAUGAAAUAGAUGUUGUCUUACUACCUUCACUUUCAGAAGAAAAUGUGACAGACAGUGUUUUACAUCAAUCAAGGCAGAAUAGGCAGAAUAUUGGGGUUCACAAAAGAAAUUUGAUUAUGGAUAAUUUGAUAGUUUGUGGAUAGUUUGUAGAGUCUGUGGAUAUUCUGUGUGAUUGUGCAAUAACAAUGUAACUAAAAUAUGCUUAGCAGAAA